AGCCUCGCACUUUUGUUAUCUUGCACAGUGUUAUCUAUAAGCGUCAACUAUUUAUAUGGGAUAGAGCUGCUCCUACUCCCCUUAUUUAUUCGCAUGUACAAUGUCACUUCCCACCCCCGCUCCCAUAAACAUUCCGUUAUCCGCCCGUUUUCGGUUUCGCGAUGAUAUCCCCGUGUCCGCAUGUUCGAGUCCACGUUCUAUCGCAGUAUUCUCUGGCGGGUCGGCUAUGAAUACCUUUGUCACGCUGCUACAAUCCUUUACAGAUGAUACUGCCUACAUUAUGCCCGUGUCCGAUGAUGGCGGAUCGACGUCGGAAAUCAUCAAAGUCUUGGGUGGACCUGGAAUAGGAGACUUGCGAUCUAGAGUGGUUCGAUUGGCGGAAACCGGGUCGGCAGAGUCAAGAGCAGUUCACGAUCUCUUGAGCUACCGAUUACCAUUUGAUACCUUGAAUGCGAAUAGUCCCACUUCCAAUCCGUCUAUCCCUACGGCGAAAGCUGUCUGGUUUGAGAUUCUUGAGGGGCGGCACGUACUAUGGCAAGGAAUAUCCGAUCCUUAUCGAGAGACAAUCCGAGCCUUCCUUGCGCAUUUUCAACAUGAACUUGUAAAGUCUGCAACGCGACGACCGCCAUUCGAGUAUCAGGGCGGUUCAAUUGGGAAUUUCUUCUUGACGGGAUCGAGACUCUUUUUCGACAAUCUCGAUGCCGCAGUAUUUCAGUUUGCGCGAAUAAUGCGUGUACCACCGAGAACAGAGGUAGUACCGGUGCUUGCAACCGCACGGGGGGUUGUCACAAUUGCGGCUGCCCUUCGAAAUGGAGAGGUCAUUGUGGGUCAGUGCGACAUAUCCCAUCCGGGGCAAAUGGUACCAGAAGGCUCCCGCUCACGAACAGGGUCACUCGGCUCUUCGGACGGAAAAGGGUCGGCCACUCUCUCUACACCACCAACAGACGUCCCACGAAGUCAACCAGAGCGACUUAUCCCUUUUCAAUCCCUAAGUCGACAUCCUAGCCAGAAUCUUAUUUUUUCAAAGACCGCCUGUCCCUCUCUACCCUCAGCAAUACGUCGAAUUUACUACGUCAACCGUGAGCGGCAGGAGAUAUUUCCUGAUUUGAAUCCCCUUGUGGUAGCAAAUCUGGCCCGGAAGCGGACUAUCAUAUAUGGUUGCGGAUCUCUGUACACGUCAAUACUUCCUUGCUUGGUUGUACCCGGAGUAGGGCGGCUUCUAGCAGACCCGCUAUCUAGGAGCUCGGUGGACCGCUUCAGCAUUCGAACCUCGAUACCUUCCCCCUUCCCGUCCCGAAGUCAUUUGUCGAGGGUAAAAUUGUUACUUCUCAACGGAACUCAUGAUCGGGAAUCCAAAGAUUAUACCGCGAUGGAUUUUGUGCUGGGCAUAACAGAUGCUUUAAACUACUCAUGUCUAGCAGAGGAACGAGCGCGACGUGCUGUGGGACGGCAGCCAUCCUCUCGAAGUAUAAUCCAAGAAAUGGAAGGUUCACACCCAUAUGGCGGGAAUAGCAAUGGCAAACCGAUUAGUCCGUCAUGGUGGACAGGAAAUACGGCGGCAAGCAGCGACGGGGACUCGGGGAUAUCUGCGGGAAAGAUAGUGGAAAUGCACAGCGAUUCGGGUCGCAGUUAUCUUGCAAGUCCUCAUCCACCAGGUGCGUACAUUACCCAUCUACUGUAUCCGGAGGAUGGAGAAGUCAAGGUGGAGGUGGAGAAGAUAGAGUCUUUUGGAAUACGAUGUAUCAGAGUGCGCUCUACAGGCGUGGAGGGAUCUCAGAAAGGGCACUAUGGGAUUGAUGAGCUGAAGGAGGUGUUGGACCAUUUGAUAAUGUAAUCGCAAUCAUUUUCAUGUAUAAACAAACGGCUUCAAUUUAUCUAUCAC